AUUUGGGGUGCAUUCGUGAGUGCUUGGGAGGGGGCAGAUUUUGCACAGGGCGCCCAGAAAACUAGAAACGGCCCUGCAACUCAGUGCUGGACUUUGAUAUCUGCUUCUCCAUCGCUCGCGAGGAGGAGGGCUCGAGGUAUGCUCGCGCUGAGAUGGGACUACGUCCGUUAACAGCCUCCCCCUCUUCCAUCAUGGCUCCGUCGUUAGACAGGCAGGGAUACUGGGGGCGGCCGACCUCAACGCUGGACUGGUGUGAAGAAAAUUAUGUCGUCUCUUUUUACAUCGCAGAAUUUUGGAACACUGUCAGCAACCUGAUUAUGAUUCUUCCUCCCAUUUAUGGAGCCAUCCAGACUUUUCGUGAUGGCCUGGAGUUUCGCUACAUCUGCUCUUUCCUUGGACUGGCAGCUGUUGGUGUUGGUUCCUGGUGCUUCCACAUGACGCUGCUGUACGAGAUGCAGUUACUGGACGAGUUGCCAAUGAUUUACAGUACAUGCGUCUUUGUCUACUGUUUAUAUGAGUGCUUCAAACAAGAGAACAGCCUCAGUUUAUUUCCUAUUGCAUUAUUAUUAAUCUUCAGUGUCUCAGUCACUGUGGUGUACCUACAGUGGAAGGAGCCAGUGUUUCACCAGGUCAUGUAUGGUGCUUUAGUAGCCUGCCUAGUGAUGCGAUCUAUCUUCAUUGUUACAUGGGUGUACCCAUGGCUCAGACCUCUGUGUUACACCUCAUUAGGUGUCUUUAUGUUAGGCUUUCUACUGUGGAACAUUGACAAUAUCUUCUGUGACUCAUUAAGAGCCAGUAGACGAACGUUGCCCCCUGGUGUUGGAGUAGUAACGCAGUUCCAUGCCUGGUGGCACAUCUUCACAGGCCUGGGAUCAUACCUGCACAUACUUCUGAGUCUGCAGAUCAGAUCAACCUACCUCAAAUACAGACCAAAAGUAAAGUUUCUCUGUGGAGUUUGGCCCGCACUGCACAUUGAUCCACAGAAGACGAGCUGAAAUGAAGGGAUGAGGACCAACUGAAGGAUGGUGACUGCCAUAUCCAGACUCCAUCGGCACAAGGACCUGCCAGUACCCCUCUGCCACUGCUGGGAACUCUACCCACCGCCAGGGGGCGGUGUGGACCCCAAGGCACCACCCCAGGGAACCUUCGGUUCUGCACUGUGGGGAUUUACUAAGUACAGUAUAGCACUGAGUCCAGUUUUAAGAAAUGGAUGAUUUUUUUUUUUUAUCACUAAUAACUUAUUAGAUUAGCUUUUCUCUAAUUUUAUUGAAGUGUAAUGAUUUUAUUUGCUCAUUCAUUUUCAAAGCAAAUAUGAUGUGUAGUCCACUGCAGUGGUAAAUGUUGAAGGGGUUAUGGACGCUAUUUUAGGGUUUUUUAUUUUUGGGUUUGGGAAAAGGGAAAACUGUGUCAGUAAUUUAGAAUUCACAAUUAACAUAUUUAUCAUUGUAUGUUUGAUUCUGUGGAUAUUUCUACUAAGCCUAAAGAUAUUUAGAUCCUCAAUGAAGACUAUUGCUAACAUGUAGAUUUACAAGUAGCUGAGGGAGCUCUACUUACAACACAGUGUUAUAUCCCUUUUCAAGGAGUGUCAUUGUUUUUGGAUGUGCUCACUAUAUAUGGGAUAGUAACUACCAGCUAGAAAGUGAUACUGUGUUAUUGUAGCUCAGCAGUCUUGACUAGAAAAUCCUCAUAUAUUUGUUUGGCCACAGGCUUCAUUUUUAUUUGAAAACAUUUUUACUUGAAAACAUGCUAAGACUGGAAUUAUUCAUUUCUUAAUUAUUUAUAUAUAUAUCUUUUGCCAAAGUUGCUCUGGGAUUUAAAACAGUCAUGUAGUGUGUGAGACAUAAAUGUUUUACCUCGCUAAAAAAAGCAAGAGAUAAAGUGCUUUGUUACCCAUCAUCAUUACAUUGACUUUUAAUUUUUAGUAGAACAGGGUUAAAAUGCUCCCAAAUACAGAAAGCAGACACUUUCUGUAUCGACUUUCAUAGCCUUCACAGUGAUACUGCAAAUAUAAUUGCAGUAAAAUUUUACAGCCAGAGUUUUCUAGGUUUAGAAACCACUUUGUUAGGAUUUGAGCAGCAUCUGGAGGGUCUGAUCAGGCAGAAACAUUACCGGAAAUUAUUGGCUCAGCUUGUCUAUUGUUGAUCCUGAGCCAUUAUUAGUCACAAGAUCAUUGUGGAUGAUGUGUACAGCUAACCUGGAGAGUAAUGAGACUUAAAAUGUUGAUAGAUGAAACCCAGCUAACAAAGACAACCUCUUUAAGAACAUUCUUUAAAUUCAGUCAAAGGACCAAGUGAAUGACUGAAGCAUGUCUGAAUUAUUGUAUCUUCAUAAACCGCAGGGAAUGCGGUGCUAGACACAGCCAGUUUUGGGUAGCUUUUUGACUCCUGCUUCAAUACACUAAAUCCCCUUAAUAUCUGUUGUCAUGCUGUAAUUCAGUGAUGUGGUUGAGUGUCCUCCAUACUUAUUAGAAACAAACUUGAUUUAAAUUAAGUUUUGAAAUCCCUUUAUCUACAGGUACUUAAGGCUUAAACAUCUCACCACAAUACUACUGCAUUUUAUUUAUUACUCUCUAAUUUAUAGAGUCAAAUGUCACAUAUGCUGUAAUCCUUGUAGAAUAUCUCUGUCAAACUGUCUAUGAUACAACCACUAGGUGGCAUAAAUGUCCAGCUUAUUUCAGACAUUGCCAAAUGUGCCAUCGUGCAUUGAGGAACAAGCUGCUUACUGUAGAACUUGUAGAAUAUUUGCCACAGUUUUCAUGCACUGGAUUUGUGCUGUGAAAUGAAGGGUUUUUUUUUAAUUUAAACAGUUUGUUUUGCUACUGUGAAAAAGUGGAUCUGUAAUGGUAACAAUAGAACUCUGGGCUUGGAGUAACUGUGGUAAACUGGAAGAUGCACAUCAUUGUUGUUGUAUGGAGAUACUGUAUUUGUGUGGCCUGCUACAGUAAACUGCUGUGUGCCGGAUUAUCUCCCGAGACAACAUACAGUUCAUUAUGCAUACAUGCUGCGUCACCAACUCAUAUGCUUGUGGGUAUAACAAUUGCGUGAACCCAGUGUUGCAAACAUUCAUAAGCACAAUGUAUGAAAGUAUUAACAUUAUUCAAAUGUCUGUGUGAAAUCCUCAAUGUAUGUUAUUAUCUUGUAGUCACUGCUCAUCAGUAGAGCUGAGCAGCUUUCAAAGAGGGGUGCCUUAUUGUUAUCCUUACAGUGUGAUCCAAGUUGCCUUGAUGUUCGUGAUACACAGACCAUUCACCAUGUUCCUUGUGUUUUGCCGUGUACCCUUCCCAGGAUUAUUUGAAGGAAAAACAAUAACAACUUCUAAAUUCAAGUUCGUGCCUGAAUCUUUGGCCUUCCAUUAAUUUCAUGUGUCCAACAACUGAGUUACAGGUUCAUAUAAUGUUAACUGUACUUGUACCUACAAGUGAUCAUACAUUAUGUGUUGAGGCCAGAAGAGCAAACUUUUUCAACAUUUUUUGGUCAUGUGCCAGUCUUAACUGUUGUAUUGUCAAAUAAAAGAAAAUGUGUCAAACUAA